UUUGUAACCAGUCUGGUGUACUACGGGGUGAGUCUAAACGUGGGUAACUUUGGUCUGGACAUAUAUCUGACCCAGUUGAUCUUUGGUUUGGCUGAGCUCCCCGCCCGGCUGGGCUCCCUGCCCCUCAUCGAACACUUUGGACGGAGGAUCUGUCAGGCCAUCGCCCUGUUCUUUGGAGGCACAGCCUGUCUCGUUCUUCUUGCUAUUCCAGAUGGUAAAAUUUAUAUUUUAUGAAAGUGGAUCUUUUGUGCUGUUAUUUGAACACUUUUUACAUUAUUGUGUUGUUUUAACACUUGAAGAUCGAAUCCGCAUUUGUUAAAAUAGCACCACUCCUCCGCCCUUCUGUUGAUAAACGGAGUGGAGGAGCGUCCGACAGCGCGGUAAAACUACUGCAGUACAUAUUCUGCUGUUUUAUCGUGAUGUCUGAGGAAAUAAAAAACACUGUUGUUUACUUCUUUGUUGUAAAUAUCCCAAACGACUGUUUCACCAAUUAUGGAGUCUAGCUUUAAGUGUUAUUUUUUAAACACUUUUGACACUAGUUUUAAUUCUUAAGCACCUUUAACACUUUGUGUCAUUCAACACGUUUAACAGAUUCUCUGUCUGAUUGUUUCUCCUCCCUCAGACCUGCCGGUAGUGACGACAGUCAUAGCCGUGUUGGGGAAGUUUGCCCUGGCUGCCUCCUUCACCAUCGUCUAUGUUUACACAGCUGAGCUCUAUCCCACUGUAGUGAGGUAUGUUCAUUACAGCUGA